AGCCAGCUGAAGCGCUCCGAGAAUGAUAACUUCCAGGUAUGCACCACAUGCCAACCUGAGCAUGCACAAAAAGCACCGAAAUUCGAGGAGAAUUUCAAUGAAACCGUCAAAACAAAAAAGAAAAAAACCAGAUGUGAUCACUUCAAACAGCGAUUUCGGAAGAACUUUGCUGCACUACUAGAAGAAGAGGCAAUGUUAGCAACAGAUGAGCUGAACUAUCUUUCUGCAAGAGCACCUUCAUCCAAAAUGCCUGAACGCAAGUUCUGUGCUGUGUGUGGAUUUCCCAGUAACUACACAUGUGUUAAUUGUGGGACACGGUACUGCUGUGUGAGAUGCUUAGGAACACACCAGGACACAAGAUGUCAGAUUCCCUUUAAGGACACCUGGGUAUAG